CAUGACUUCCAAUUCAGGUCGAUCGAGAGGUCGAAAAGAAAAAGAAAAUAAAAAAGCCUUUCGGAAACUAACGAAUGACUAUCUUUGUGCAUUAGAUCAGUUUUGUAGAAGAGCCCAAAAUUCUGACAAUGUACUAGAAAAUCUUAAACCAUUUUCCAAGUUCAGCAAAAACGACUUGAAGUUAGAUAUUACUUAUAGAAAAGCCGAAUCGUUUGAUGAAACGACAAGCGAAGAGAUUUUCUCUGUGUUCGAACAGAACAUGCGAGACAUGUACGAGAAGUCAGCUGUCGGGUGGAUAAAGCGUGAAAAAUGGGACGAACUUUUCGAUAAUGAUGCGCGAUAUGUUUUAGCCCGCGAUGAUGCCAAUAUGUUGCACGGUUUCGUGCAUCUGCGCUUUGUCGUGGAAGACAAUCAAGACGUUCUUUACUGCUAUGAGAUCCAAGUGAACAAACUCAGUCAGUCGAAGGGACUGGGAACGUUCCUGAUGAAACUCUUAGAAUUAAUCGCUUUCUACAACGGGUUCAGCAAAAUCAUGCUCACUGUAUUUGACAUAAAUGAAGAAGCAAAGAAAUUUUACAAAACUAAGUUGGGCUAUGUGUUGGACCCAUUCAGUCCGACUGCCCAAGACGAAGAGUGCGAUUAUGAAAUUUUGAGUAAAAGUAUAAAACAAAACCCGAAAGUAGAGAAGCCGCAGUUGCCGUCAGGAGCGAUCCUUUCAAGUUGAUCUUUUUUAUGUUCUAGUUUUCGAUUGAAUUAUUUGAUUUAUAACUGUAUAACACUUCGUUACACAAGGAGCCAUGUGCCCCAUUAGCAUAGGACAGAGUAGAUAUUUGUUUGGUUAUUUAAAAUUAACGGUUGUGUUUCAAUUAUCCAAUGAAAUUAUUCUGUUAAUGUGUUAGUUUUCAUCAAUUAUGAUUCAUACUAAAGCCAUUUGGCUAAAAAAUACCUUUAAAAUUAAAACAGUUUUUGCUGGAGUUCUCAUCAAGUGUCAGAGAAGAAAGAUAUUGACACUUAAAUAAUUCUUGAUGAUUUUGUUGUUGUUUUUCUUUUCAGGAAAAAGUCCGAACAUUUGUACACGCUGUAGUUUGAUUUGUCUCGUAUUUACUUGGAAAAAUCUAAUCACCUUGCCAACAAAGACUUUCAGACCAGAACAAUGCGAGGCGGAGGAUUGAAACAUAAUCAGGAUCCUAUAUUUCUUGAAACUUUCUUUUCUUUUUGU